UUUGAAACCCAAUAGGAUCUUUAACGACCAAUAAGAUAUAAACGACGGUAAAAUUUCUAACCCUAGAAAGAGUGUCGUCGCCUCCAACAGCAAGAGCAGAAGCCACAAGGAUUCUCUGUAAUCAACAACAAUGGUUGUUGGUUUCGGGAAGAAGAGAGGACCAAACUCGUCAGAGAAAAAUCUCCUUCUCAAUGGUCUUCUCAACCCACAGAGAGAUUGGGUAGCUGAUGAACUCAGAGUGUUUCUUGACCAAAUCCUUAAGCCUCCUCUCCUCGAGAUACUCCAGUUGGUCUUCCUUGAGGUAAAGUGUCAUCUUCGUUCCCCUGCCAAGACUCUCACCAGAGUUGUCUCUCGUCACGGUGAAAGAUCCACCGGCCUGAGACUCCCACACGUACUGCUCAUCGUCGUUGUGCUUGGUGGUGACAAUAACCUUAUCAGCAACCAAAUCAGCCUUGGUCAUCCCGACACCACUGUCGAUGAUGGUCAAGGUGUUGUUACUCUUGUCGGGGAUGACAUGAAUGAAAAGCUCUGGCUGACCAUCGAGCUUGCUCUUGUCGGUCAAGGACUCGAACCUAAUCUUAACGUGUUGAUGAUGAGGGAGAGCAACUGGUUGAUCUCGGCCUGGAAAGCAAAAGUCUCUGCGUUUGCCAUCGUAUAUUCCCGGUUUGGUUUACUGGUAUAG